UCCGUGGGAUGGAAGCGCCCGAAGGGCAGGCGGAGUCUCCUCCUGGAUUCUAGUCCAGCAGCUAGUCCACGGCUUUGGCCACAAUGGGCCUUUCCUGAAAUGACUGUGGCUCCAGGACCAGGCCCUGCCUGCUGAUAACUCUGCCCUUGCCCAGGAGGAGGUAGGAUUGGGGAGGAGAAGAUGGCCCCUGUGCUGCUGUCACCUGAGACCCCGCAGGAAGCAGUGACCUUCAAGGAUGUGGUGGUGGACUUCACCCAGGAGGAAUGGACUUACCUGGACUCCUCUCAGAAGGAGAUUUACAGGGAUGUAAUGCUGGAGAACUAUAGUAACUUGGUCUCUCUGGGACUUGCAUUUUCCAAACCAUACAUCAUCUACCAGUUGGAGAGAAGGGAAGCACCAUGGAUUCCAGAGGGAGACAUAGCAAGGAUUAGCCAUCCAGAUUGGGAAACUCAGCAGGAAUCAAAGGAGUCCACUCCAAAGUUGAGUAUUUCAAUGGAACAACCAUCCCUGGAAAUACUUAAGAGGGAUAGUCUGGUCUUUUCCCCAAAGGGAGAAUAUAGGAUAUAUGAUGCCAUGCAACAAAGUUAUCUGACCAAUGAAGAAAAGCAUUUCUGGCAAGUCACAAUCACACAAAAGAAAUAUCCCAAUGAAUCUAGAGUCCAUGAACAAAUGAAUUUUGACAGGACUUUGAAUCCAGAGUCAAUCUUUUUCCCACAACAGCUAGCAGGAAAGAGUCUGAGUCCAUGUGACUCACCUGGAAAGUACUUUUGGCUGCAUAGAGAUAGACCAAAAUGUAACAGUAGAUGCUCAAAGAAAACAGCUAAAUAUAAUGAAUAUGGGAAAUGCUCUAACUAUCACUCAGCUUUUCUUGACAGUUCUGGAAGAGGUAUUGUAGAGGAAAUUUAUGACUCUAAUGGAUGGGAGAAGACCUUAAGGAAACAAUGUAUUCUCCCUGAGAAAAUUCAUACUGGAGAGAAUCCUUAUGAAAGUAAUGAAUGUACAAGUGCCUUUUGCUUAAAGACUGAUAUUCCCAAAUAUGAGGACAUCCAAAAUAUUGAGAAACCUUAUCAAUGUGACGUAUGUGUGAAGACAUUUCGACUAAAAGCCCAGCUAAAUCAACAUCGGAUGAUUCAUAGUGGUGAGAACCCAUAUAAAUGUAAUGAAUGUGGGAAGAUCUUUAGUCACAAUACAGAAUUUAUUAGGCAUCAUAGAAUUCAUACUGGAGAGAAACCUUAUGAAUGUAAUGAGUGUGGGAAGGCCUUUAGACUAAAAGGACAACUUACUGAACAUAAGAAAAUUCAUACUGGUGAGAAGCCUUAUAAAUGUAAUGAAUGUGGGAAGGCCUUCUGUAGGCGCUCAAACCUUACUGAACAUCAUAGAAUUCAUACUGGUGAGAAACCUUAUCAAUGUAAUGAAUGUGGGAAAUGCUUUCAACUAAAAGGACAUCUUAAUGAACAUCAGAAAAUUCAUACUGGUGUGAAACCUUAUAAAUGUAAUGAAUGUGGGAAGGCCUUUAGUCAGAACACAGAACUUACCAGGCAUCAUAGAAUUCAUACUGGAGAAAAACCUUAUAAAUGUAAUGAAUGUGGAAAGGCUUUCUCUAGACGUUCAAACCUUAUUGUUCAUCAGAAAAUUCAUAGUGGUGAGAAACCAUAUAAAUGUAAUGAAUGUGGAAACACCUUUAGACUAAAAGGACAACUUACAAAUCAUCAAAGAAUUCAUACUGGUGAGAAACCUUAUGAAUGUAAUGAAUGUGGAAAGGCCUUUAGACUAAAAGGUGAACUUACUAAUCAUCACAGAAUCCAUACUGGUGAGAAACCUUAUGAAUGUAAUGAAUGUGGGAAAUCUUUCCGUCUGAGCAGAGGACUUGCUGAACACCAGAGAAUUCAUACUGGAGAGAAACCUUAUGAAUGUGAUGAUUGUGGGAAGACCUUUAGAUUGUUCACAGGACUUACUCAACAUCAGAGAAUUCAUACUGGAGAGAGACCUCAUGAAUGUGAUGAAUGUGGAAAAUCCUUUGGACAUAGGUCAGGACUUACUCAACAUCAGAGAAUUCAUACUGGAGAGAAACUUUAUAAAUGUAAUGAAUGUGGAAAAGCCUUCUACUGGAAUACAGCUCUAACUAAACAUCAGAAAAUGCAUUCUACAAAGAAACUCUAUGGAUGCCCGGGGAACACACGCGGAGACACGCUGCAGGACCGGGCCAGGAAGGCCGCCACCUGCAUUUCUGCUCUACUGGGCAUGCGUAGCCGACCCAAGGACUACAUUUCCCAGGAGUCUUUGCCAGACCAGGUGACGGAAGACCCAUGCAGGCAGGCAGUUGCCUGGCCCCCCUCUGCCCUCAGCCGCUGCCGGAGCCCGAACCCCGCGUCCCAGCCUGGGAAGCUUCCUGGGUGGGAGGAGCGAUGCGGGCCACUUGAGUGGUGUCAGCCCCGCCCCCUCGGGGAGUGGAGGCGCCCAUUGGUCGUUGGGCGGUGGCAGUCGGAGCCAAUCCCCGGCGCCCGUCCUGACUCCGCCUUCCGCCUUUCCCCGCCACUUGUCAGUGUUUUCCUGGCUCUGGGAGCCCUGCCUUCUGAUGACUGCCCUUGCCCAGGAGGAGGUAGGAUUGGGGAGAAGAUGGCCCCUGUGCUGCUGUCACCUGGAACCCCGCAGGAAUCAGUGACCUUCAAGGGUGUUGCUGUGAACUUCACCCAAGAGGAAUGGAUGUAUCUGGACACUUUUCAGAAGGAGUUUUACAGGAAUGAAGUGCUGGAGAACUGUAAUAACUUGGUCUCUCUGGGACUUGCAUUUUCCAAACCAUACAUCAUCUACCAGUUGGAGAGAAGGGAAGCACCAUGGAUUCCAGAGGGAUACAUACCAAAGAUUAGCCAUCCAGAUUUGAAAACUCAACAUGAGUCCAAGGAGCCCAUUACAAAGCUGAACGUUUCAAUGAAAGAAAUAUUGAAAUCAUAUAAAUGUAGUACAUGUGGAAAGACCUUUCAACUGAAACAAAAGCUUAAGGAACAUGUGAAAAUUCAUACUGCUGAGAAACCUUAUCAAUGUAACGAAUGUGACAAGGCCUUCCACAGGGACUCAGACCUUACUGCACAUCAGAGAAUUCACUAUAGUGAGAAAUUAUAUGAAUGUAAUGAAUGUGGGAAGACAUUCUGCCUGAGGGUAGAUCUUACUGUACAUCAGAGAAGUCAUACUGGUGAGAAACUGUAUAAAUGUAAUGUAUGUGGGAAGACCUUCAGAUGGAAAGCAUUGCUUAAUCAACAUCAGUCAAUCCAUACCAGUGAAAAACCAUUUGAAUGCAAUGAAUGUGGUAAGACUUUCCGACAAAAAAGACAGCUUAAGGAACAUAAGAAAAUUCAUACUGCUGAGAAACCUUACAAAUGUAAUGAAUGUGGGAAGGCCUUUUGCUGGUGCUCAAACUUUAAUAAACAUCAGAGAAUUCAUACAGGUGAGAAACCUUGUGGACGUAAUGAAUGUGGCAGGGCCUUCUGCCUGAGCACAGAUCUUACUGUACAUCAGAGAAUUCAUACUGGAGAAAAGCCCUAUGACUGUAAUAUAUGUGGGAAAGCCUUUAGACUUAAAGCACGGUUUAAUCAACACACAUUAGUCAAUUCACACAGGUGAGAAACCAUUUGAAUGCAAGGAAUGUGGUAAGUAAGACUUAAUGAACAUCAGAAAAUUCAUACUGGUGAAAAACUUCAUCAGUGUAAUGAAUGUGGCUAAGCCUUCUGCUGGCCCUCAAAGCUUGCAAAACAUUAGAGGAUUCAUGCUGGUGAGAAAUCUUAUGAAUGUAAUGAAUGUGGGAGGGCCUUCCACUAUAGUGCAGCACUUGCUAAACAUCAGAGAAUUCAUGUUUGUGAGAAACCCUAUCAAUAUAUGUGAGAAAGCCUUUAGAUUUAAAGCACAGUUUGAUCAACAUCAGUCUAUUCAUACUGAUGAGAAACCAUUUAAAUGUAAUGAAUGUGGUAAGAUUUUCCAACAGAAAGGACAGCUUAAUGAACAUGAGAAAAUUCAUAGUGGCGAGAGACCUUACCAAUGUAAUGAAUGUGGCAAGGCCUUCUACUGGCCCUCAAAGCUUUCCAAACAUCAGAGAAUUCAUAUUGAUGAGAAACUCUAUGAAUGUAAUGAAUGUGGGAAGGCUUUCUGCCGUAGCACAACCUUUACUAAACAUCAGAGAAUUCAUAGUGGUGAGAAACCUUAUCAUUGUAUUGAAUGUGGGAAGGCUUUCCAAUUAAAAGCACAGCUUAAUGAACACCAGAAAAUUCAUACUGGAGAAAAACCUUAUAAAUGUAAUGAAUAUGGGAAGGUAUACUCAAAGAAAGGAUUUUCUCUUCAUGAGAAAAUUCAUACUGGAGAGGAACCUUAUGAAUGUAUUGAAUGUGGGAAGGCCUUCCGAACAAAAGCACAGCUUAAUCAACAUCAGAGAAUUCAUACUGGUGAGAAACCAUAUAAAUGUAAUGUAUGUGGAAAGACCUUUCAACAAAAAGGAAAAUUUAAUGAACAUCAGAAAAUUUAUACUGGCGAGAAACCUUAUAAUGUAAUGAAUGUGGGAAGGCCUUCCGCAGACUCUCAGACCUUACUGAACAUCAGAGAAUUCAUACUGGUGAAAAACCUUACCAUUGUAAUGAAUGUGGUAAAGCCUUCCGCCUAAGUGCAGCUCUUAC